GGGACAGUUAAGGGAAGAGGAAAUAGGCUUGCGGGCCAAAGCCUGGGAGACUGCACGUUUCAAUAGAAUAUCGCACACUCCCCACACUUGAAGAUCUAUUUACACCCUUGGGUAAUAAACAUGAGCCCAAUGUUAGAGAGGAAAGGAGUGCAUUGCUUUGCUGUCCAAAAUGGAGAAAAGCCUAAGAAAAGGGGCAGACCACUGGGGUGUAUAAGUAAGAUUAAAAAAGAUGUUAAAAUACCAUUUAUAAAUCCAGACGGAACAAAGAGAGGCAGAGGAAGACCCCGAAAAAUUGACCACGCAGCGGUGAAAGUCGGGAAUUUGAAAAAAAUUUUGAAGGAGGAAAGUUGGAAACCAAAGGCAGGUUAUGGGAGUGGAAGAGAAUUUAUCAAUGGAGAGAAUGUGAAGGUGAAUAUUCCCGGGUUUCCAAAAUUAAAGCAGCUCUAUGUAUUGAUUUCUCCCACUGACAUCAAGACGGAACAUGUUGUUGUGAAAAAAAAGGGGCCAGGUAGACCCCGGAAGUUACCCAAUGUGGAAAGACCGCCUGGUGGGCUCUCAGUUAAACCACAUCUUCCUUUUAUCUGUAAGUGGAAGAUGAGGAACCAUUCCGGGCAAGUUGCUCAUGGGUGUGGUCUGGAAAAGCAAAAAGAUGAGCAGGGAACAAACGCCCAAAAUAAAGAAUGCUCGGGAAGCCAAUCUAAGGAUUUACCCACAAGUCCUGUCACUAAGUGGGGCAGAUGGAAUACAGAGGUGGCGUCACAGAAGCGGCCAUCAUAUGACCAGGCAGUGCAACAUGAAAACCAAGAAGAGGAAAAGCCACACGUAGGGGCUGUAAAGGAAUUGCCAGGAACCAAGGCAUACAAAAAAACAAUGAAGAUUAAACACUUGAAAGCAGUAAAGCUGGCAAAACUGAAAAAGGAUAAAAAAGAAAAGAAAACGUGGAAAACAAAGAAAUCAAAUGGGCUGGGCCCUUCCACUUCCAAAAAUGGCAGUGCUGUCAUUUUGCAAAAGAAGGGACGUGGUAGACCUAAGAAAAUUCCAGAUGGGGAGAGGAAGCCUGGUCAGGAAAGUCAGGCUACUAACUUACCUCCAAGAGAUGUCCCUAAGGAAACGAGCUGGGGUAUUGAGGUGGAGAUGACGGACGAGGAGCCCAUUCAUGACCAAACACAGUAUCAAAAUUGGGAAGAACAACAAGCACAUGUGAGAAUGGAGGAACCAGAAGUUGAUAAAGAAUCUGUGACACACUGGGUUGUGGAUGAUCCCAGCCCCAGUUUCAGUCAGCCUGUGUAUGCAGAGACGCCCACAAUAGAGCAGCAUGAAUUUCAGGAAGACCUACUUCAUAGCCUGGCUGACUUCAGAUUUCAGUUGACGCGAGAGCUGGCGGCCAUGCGACUGGAGAUGCGAGAAGGUGCAGAGUUGGUACGGGGGGCUAUCGCUGGAGUGUCUUCAGAGAUUUGCCGCCUCCGCCUCCUUUUGCAACCCCUAGUGACAAUGUUGACUGCUAGCAAUAUUCUACGUCCGCAAGAGAAUUUGUCUGUUGUCAACUCCAUCCUUCAUCCCCAGGAGAACAUACAACUUGUAAAUCCCUUGCUCCGUCCUCAACAAGACACACCUCCAUCUGACUCACUUGGUAGUCCCCAUGAAGAUACUCCAUCUGACAGCUCUAUAGUUUGCCCAGACAUGGCCACAACUGAUGCACACUCAGAUGUUCAUCUGCAGCGUUCCCAUUCCCAUGCAUCAUUAAAUGACUCUUCUGAAACAUCACCUGCCACUAUUCCCGACUGUCCGCAGCAGGAGAGCACAUCCUCUGAAACUUCAUUGGGCAGUACCCAGCAGCUCAGAAUUCAGAAUAAUUGUUUAGGAAGGCCUGAUAGAAAGGCCACCUCAGAGGAGCCAAAGGACCCUGAGGAUGUAACGUCUGAAGAUUCCCUUAAAAAUGAUUUUAGUAUUCCCCCAAAGGAGGCAACUUAUGAAAAUUGCUUAGGUUGCUCCCAACAGGACUAUGCCCUUAAUACUUUUGAGGACACAAACCAUGACAAUUCUUGUAAUAGUCCUGAGAAAGAGACAUCCCUUAAUAAUAGUGUAGCCCAGUUGGACACAACUCUUGACUUUUCCUCUGCUAGCCCUCAGGUGGACCUUCUACCUAUUAGUGUUCCCUGUAGAUCUCAGGAGGAGACAGCACCUAGCCCUUUGCUGGCUACACAAGAGCAGGAUAAUACAUAUGAUGACUCUUUAUGUGUAGUUCAGAUGGAUACAACCCCUGGUAACCAAGAUAACCGUCAGCCAAACAAUAACUACAAUCAGGGAUCUCCCCAUAAUCAUUCAAAGGUGCCCUUAUCCCCUGUAGUUUUUGUUAUACAACCUACAUUAACAUAACAGUCAACUUUCUCGCUCUAAAAUGCCACCAAGUCAGAGAAUUCAACUGCUUUGGUCCAACCAUUUGUCAUGGUUUCCGUUCAUUUUUUUAUGGAGUGACUUGCAGCCAUGAGUCUAUAUGAUGAAAAAAAACGGAGAUUUCCCAAUUCUCAUAUUCUUGAUGUAGGAUUUAAACAUCUGAUGUUUGUAUUAGUUAUUCCCACCCAUAAUGCCACAGUUUUUUUUAUUUUAUUGAUGAUCAACUAUCAGAAAUUUCAUGCUGGUGCUUUUAUAUUGUUUUUAAUGUCAUAACAACAUCAUUCAGAGCCUUACAAUUACUAAUUUUUAAUUGUUUGUACAGCAUAAACAGUUUGGAUAGCGUAUUCAUUGCACAUACAUCUUAGAUUUGUUGUGCAUUUUAUUAGUGGAUGACUGUCAGUUAGUAAUUUAAAAAUAGUUGUACGAUUUGUUAAUGGGUCAUUUUCGCCAUCGUUUUUGCAGGCCAUGUUCACAAUUAAAAUGUUUGUGUUCAUUUUUA